AUGCUUCUUGACCUACAAACCAAAAUCAACAACAUGCUCUACUUGUACUACACUGUCAUUGGCGUAAUACAACGAGACUGCCACACUGACACUGUUGAUGAAACCAUGCUAUUCCUCUCUGAUGAAAUACACAAAUUGAGAGACGAGAUCCACGACUGCCUUGAAUCAGCCCAAUCAGCUGAUACGCCCAUCACUAUCAGUGAAAUAGUAUCAGAGAAAGAGGAUAAAAUAGAAAGUGGUAGAAUAUUCAUAGAUGGGAUACUAUCAGUGUAUUUAUGA